GUGGGCGCUCCCGGUUCCGGCGCGCUAGAGGCCCCGGGUGGUGAACGCGGCUCCGGCACCAUGUCUGGUUUGUCUGGCCCCCUCUCCCGGCCUGGCCCUCGCCCGUCCGCGCUGCUCUUUCUCUUCCUGCUGGGCCCCAGCUCGGUCGUCGCCAUCUCCUUCCACCUGCCCGUGAACUCUCGCAAGUGUCUCCGCGAGGAGAUCCACAAGGACCUGCUGGUGACGGGCGCCUACGAGAUCACCGACCAGUCCGGGGGCGCCGGCGGCCUGCGCACCCACCUCAAGAUUACAGAUUCUGCUGGCCAUAUUCUAUAUGCCAAAGAGGAUGCAACUAAGGGGAAGUUUGCCUUUACCACAGAAGACUAUGACAUGUUUGAAGUGUGUUUCGAGAGCAAGGGAACAGGGCGGAUACCUGACCAACUCGUGAUUCUAGACAUGAAGCAUGGAGUAGAGGCGAAAAAUUAUGAAGAGAUUGCAAAAGUUGAGAAACUCAAGCCAUUGGAGGUGGAGCUACGACGCCUGGAGGACCUUUCCGAAUCAAUUGUUAAUGAUUUUGCCUACAUGAAGAAGCGGGAAGAGGAGAUGCGGGACACCAAUGAGUCCACGAACACCCGAGUCCUGUACUUCAGCAUCUUCUCCAUGUUCUGCCUCAUUGGACUAGCCACCUGGCAGGUCUUCUACCUGCGUCGCUUCUUCAAGGCCAAGAAGUUGAUAGAGUAAUGAGGCUUAGUCUUCUGUCCCCUGGUGUCAGCCAGCAGAACAUCGCUGGGACGUGCCUGGCCUAGGUCAAGGCCAUCCUACUAACAGUACCAUCAAGGCACAGUGGAGUUUUCUUGCCAGAACUGAUUUCUUUUGGUGUGGGAGAACAUGGGGCGCCACCUACACUCAACACGUCAGUGAGGACUUCUUUUCAAUGCGGGAGGAUUUGGACUGGUUUUUCGACAAGAUUAUUAAAGUCACCUACGGAAAAACAAAACAAAAACAGGGGUUACCUAGCUAAUGCCAAAGCCAGCACUGGCCCUGGGUUUCCUCACGUGGUCCGUUGGAGCUGUUGGCUUUUCCCCCCCUCGCUCAUCACCUUGGUCCUUCACUCGAGUUCUUCCCCAGUAUUUCUGUGACCACGCUCAGCUUGUUUCACGCCAGUUGUCCUCUUCGGUUUCCCUGUGAAAACACCCUGAACUUUCUCUUGGCCCUUAGAUGAAAUGUUUACGUAGCUUCUGGUGAUAGCCUUCAUAAUUUUAUGUCUCCUAAAAGAGUCGUGGAUGGGACACAUAAAGAAGUGAGCUUUGAACUGUAGAUAAUCUCCUUAAAGAAAAUCUCAUUUUAGACAAUUAAAAUGUUUGUGUUCAACUGCUUGAA